CGUGGACGCCCUCGUAUGCGUGUGCCAGGAGAGACACUUGUGGCUGGCGGAAUUCUAACCCCUAUUCAAACGAUUUUUUUGAUACUUGAGUGCCUUCUUCCGUACUCGUCUAUAACAGGAUGAGGGAAUGUAGUCGCUGGCGCCGGUGCCGCAUAUGUCAAAGCUACACAUCGGGCCACCGAUAUGGUGGUUUCAGUCAGUACUUGUGCUCGCCAUACUUAAUGCAUCCGAUAACAUUGUAGCCCCUUUGUCGCAGUGUGUCAUCAUAAUAGACUUCGAGACUAUAGAUCUAGGGGCCCCUUGUAGGAGGAAGUCGUGCGGUACGGUAUCGUUUGCGAUUGGCCCCGCCGCGAUUACUACCCUUUUUGCGGCGAACUUCCAUAGGUUCGGCAUUGUAGAAUACGGACCUAUUCAUCUGUUGGGUCGAUAUGAUUAAUCUUCAUGACUGUUCCGAGACGAUCCCAAGUGUUUUCACGAAUAUCAUAAAUAUCAAUCAUGAAGCCAAGGCCUAGAAACUGAUCUUCCGAGUUUCUGGAGAUCUCAUCUUAGAGAUCUAAGAUCUUCGGAUUUGCGCCCACCGCAUCGUUAGCCGCUCAUCAUGUUAUGCGUUAGUGAAGGGGAAGUUUCGAU